CUUGUUGGUAGCUGCAGCGGCGGCUACAGACAGGAGUAACGUGAUUAUUUGUGUGAUGGUUGGCUGACAAAUUGUGUUUGAGUUUGAAAACAUGGCGCUUUCAAUGGAAACGCAGCUGCAGAGCAUCUUUGAGGAUGUUGUGAAAACUGAAAUGAUUGAAGAGGCCUUUGCUGGGAUGUUUAUGGACACUCCAGAGGAUGAGAGGACGAAACUGAUCAGCUGUCUGGGAGCCUUCAGACAGUUCUGGGGAACACUGCCACAGGAGUCUCAUGACCAGUGUGUGCAGUGGAUAGUGCGAUUUAUUCACAGCCAACACAGUCCCAAGCGAAUUUCCUUCCUUUACGAUUGCCUUGCCAUGGCUGUGGAGACCAGCUUACUACCACCCAGGAUGGUGUGUGUAGCACUGAUAAGUUCAGAUAGUCUGGAGUGGGAGAGGACUCAGCUGUGGGCGUUAACUUUCAAAUUGAUCCGCAAGAUCAUCGGAGGGGUCGACUAUAAGGGGGUUCGAGACCUUUUGAAAGCGGUGCUCGAUAAAAUUCAGACCAUCCCGACCAUUGUCAGCUCAGCUGUAGUCCAACAGCUACUAGCUGCCAGAGAGGUAGUGGAGUAUAUUCUAGACAGAAACGCCUGCCUCCUGCCAGCCUACUUCGCCAUCACAGAAAUCAGAAAACUGUAUCCAGAGGGACAACUAUCACACUGGCUCCUUGGCAGUUUGAUAUCAGACUUUGUCGACAGUUUCAGACCCACAGCCAGAAUCAACUCCAUCUGUGGCAGGUGCAGCCUUUUGCCUGUAGUGAAUAACAGUGGGGCCAUCUGCAACUCCUGGAAGCUAGAUCCAACCACUCUUCGCUUCCCACUGAGGGGCAUGCUGCCAUUUGAUAAGGACUUAUUUGAGCCGCAGACAGGCUUGUUGCGCUAUGUUUUGGAGCAGCCGUACUCGCGGGAGAUGGUCUGCAACAUGUUAGGACUCAACAAACAGACUCUGAACAUUGCCCAGCAUAAGCAGCGUUGUCCAGUGCUAGAGGAGCAGCUGGUGGAUCUGGUGGUGUACGCCAUGGAGCGCUCCGAGACGGAGGAACACUUUGACGCUGACAUUGGAGGAACCAGCCAACUGCUGUGGCAGCACCUCUCCUCUCAGCUCAUCUUCUUUGUGUUGUUUCAGUUUGCCAGCUUCCCACACAUGGUGCUGUCGUUGCACCAGAAGCUUGCAGGUAGAGGUCUCAUUAAAGGUAGGGACCACCUGAUGUGGGUCUUGCUGCAGUUUAUAUCGGGAAGCAUUCAGAAGAACGCCUUGGCUGACUUCCUGCCUGUCAUGAAGCUCUUUGACCUGCUUUACCCAGAGAAAGAGUGCAUUCCAGUCCCAGACAUUAACAAGCCCCAGUCGACUCAUUCCUUUGCCAUGACCUGCAUCUGGAUCCAUCUGAAUCGCAAGGCCCAAAAUGACAACUCCAAACUACAGAUCCCCAUCCCUCACUCUCUGAAACUACACCAUGAGUUCCUCCAGCAGUCGCUGCGUAAUAAGACAUUAGGUAUGACGGAUUACAAGAUUGCCCUGCUGUGUAACGCCUACAGCACCAACUCAGAGUGUUUCACUCUGCCAAUGGGUGUUCUAGUAGAGACCAUCUACGGAAAUGGAUCGAUGAGGAUCAGCUUACCUGGCACCAAUUGCAUGGCCUCAGGAUCUGUCACCCCACUGCCCAUGAACCUGCUGGAUUCUCUCACUGUACAUGCCAAGAUGAGUCUGAUCCACAGUAUAGCAACUCGGGUGAUAAAGUUGGCCCAUGCCAAGUCCAGCAUCGCCCUGGCCCCUGCCCUGGUAGAAACCUACAGCAGACUGUUGGUCUACAUGGAGAUAGAGUCACUGGGCAUCAAAGGAUUCAUCAGCCAGUUGUUGCCUAAUGUGUUUAAGUCUCACGCUUGGGGGAUCCUGCACACUUUGCUGGAGAUGUUCAGCUACAGGAUGCACCACAUCCAGCCUCAUUACAGGGUCCAGCUGCUGAGUCAUCUACACAGUCUGGCUGCCGUACCUCAGACUAACCAGAAUCAGCUCCAUUUAUGCGUUGAAAGCACAGCAUUGCGGUUGAUCACAGCGUUGGGUAGUUCGGAGGUCCAGCCCCAGUUCACUCGCUUUCUCAACGAUCCAAAGACAGUUCUGUCUGCUGAGUCUGAAGAGCUGAACCGAGCCUUGAUCCUCACCCUGGCCAGAGCCACGCAUGUUACUGAUUUUUUCACAGGGUCUGACUCCAUCCACGGGACUUGGUGUAAAGACAUUCUCCAGACCAUCAUGACCUUCACCCCUCAUAACUGGGCCUCACACACACUGUCCUGCUUCCCUGCUCCACUACAGGCGUUCUUCAAGCAGAACAACGUUCCCCAGGAAUCUCGUUUCAACCUGAAAAAGAACGUGGAGGAAGAAUACAGGAAGUGGAAAUCCAUGUCCAAUGAAAAUGACAUCAUCACACACUUCUCCAUGCAGGGCUCGCCUCCCCUCUUCCUCUGUCUGCUGUGGAAGAUGCUGCUGGAGACCGACCACAUCAACCAGAUAGGCUUCAGAGUCUUGGAGCGUAUUGGGGCUCGUGCGCUGGUGGCCCACGUGCGCACAUUUGCAGACUUCCUGGUGUAUGAGUUCUCAACGUCAGCUGGUGGACAGCAACUCAACAAGUGCAUUGAAAUCCUCAACGACAUGGUCUGGAAGUACAACAUAGUCACACUGGACAGACUCAUUCUGUGUCUGGCGAUGCGUAGCCAUGAGGGGAAUGAGGCUCAGGUUUGCUACUUCAUCAUCCAGCUGCUGCUGCUGAAGCCCAACGACUUCAGGAACCGAGUCAACGACUUCGUCAAGGAGAACGGCCCCGAGCACUGGCUUCAGAGUGACUGGCACACCAAGCACAUGAGCUACCACAAAAAAUACCCAGAGAAGUUGUAUUUCGAGGGUCUUGCAGACCAGGUCAACCCUCCCAUGCAGCUCCAGUCUCAGUACCUGCCCAUCUACUUCGGCAACGUAUGCCUGCGCUUCCUGCCUGUCUUUGACAUUGUCAUCCACCGCUUCCUGGAGCUACUUCCUGUCUCCAAGUCCCUGGAAACACUUCUGGAUCAUCUGGGAGGACUAUACAAGUUUCAUGACCGCCCAGUGACCUACCUUUACAACACCCUCCACUAUUAUGAACGACAUCUGAGAGAGAGAACCAACCUGAAGAGGAAGCUGGUGCACGCAAUCAUGUCUUCACUGAAGGAAAACCGCACCCCAGGUUGGUGCCUCAGUGAAACCUAUCUGAAGUGUGGCAUGAAUGCCAGAGAAGACAACGUCUGGAUCCCUGAUGACACCUACUACUGCAAGCUGAUUGGACGCCUGGUUGACACCAUGGCAGGAAAAUCCCCCGGUCCUUUCCCCAACUGUGAUUGGAGGUUCAACGAGUUCCCCAACCCUGCAGCCCAUGCUCUGCACGUCACCUGUGUGGAGCUGAUGGCCUUGGCCGUCCCAGGAAAAGAUGUCGGCAAUGCCCUGCUCAAUGUCGUGUUGAAGAGCCAACCUCUGGUUCCGAGAGAGAAUAUCACAGCCUGGAUGAAUGCCAUUGGACUUGUGAUCACUGCGCUGCCUGAACCUUACUGGAUCGUUCUCCACGACCGCAUCGUGUCCGUGAUUGGCUCUCCGGCACUGACGUCAGAGACAGAGUGGGCAGGCUAUCCCUUCGCCUUGUUGGACUUCACAGCCUGCCACCAGAGCUACAGUGAAAUGAACUGCAGUUAUGUGCUAGCAUUAGCACACGCUGUCUGGCAUCACUCAUCCAUUGGACAGCUUUCUCUGAUUCCCAAAUUCCUGUCAGAGACACUGAAGCCCAUCGUCCAAACAGAGUUCCAGUUGCUCUAUGUGUAUCACCUGGUCGGUCCGUUCCUACAGCGCUUCCAGCAGGAGAGGACAAGAUGCAUGUUGGAGAUUGGUGUGGCCUUCUAUGAGAUGCUCCAAGCUGUGGACCAACACUGCCAACACCUCCACUACAUGGACCCCAUCUGUGACUUCCUUUAUCACAUCAAGUACAUGUACACAGGAGACAGUGUGAAGGAGCAGGUGGAGAAGAUCAUCAUGACCUUACGUCCGGCCAUGAAGCUCCGUCUGCGCUUCAUCACACACAGCAGCAAGAUCGAGACUUCAACAUCAGCUGCUGCCGCUGCCUCAUCGUCGUCGUCCUCCUCCUCUCAGCCGCCUUCCUCCUCCCUCUCCUCCUCCGCCUCCUCGCCCUCCACACAGCACACACACACACCCAUGUAGGUGGCCAAGGUAAACACCCACGUGUACACACACGUACAAAGAAGUGAUGGUGGCCUGUAGACAUUCGCUUAUACACACUGGUCACGCUUUCACGUUAGGCUCUAAGAUUCAAGAUCGCGAGGGGAUCAAUUGGUUUUUCUUUUCUUAAAAAGGAACAAAUUAAUGUUUCUUCUUGAAGUUUUUUUUUUGCAAGUACAAAAUAAAGUAUAUUGUGUUUUUUUUUUUUAUUAACAAAACCUCAGAGAGGGGGUUGUCUUCCCACUGAUAAUGUAAACCUCCUGCAUCCAAAACAGGUAGUUUCAUGGACUGUUUUUGUUUUGAAUAAGUUUCCUGGGCCUUAAAGUAAUGAGGUGAACUCAGCAUAAAGAGAAUUAUGCAAUUUUUUUGGCCGAAGAGGUAUUCACCGGGGAGCUACAACUAUUUGUCCAAAACACAAGAUGCUGAAACAUUGCCUAAGACUGACAUAAACACGAUACCAAGGAUGCCGCAUGUUUUUAAAGAAAUGACCAUGUCUGAUAUAUGAAUGUGAUGUUUUAACUGCAUAUUUAAAAUGGAUGUCUCAUUUCGAUGGUUUUCAGUCCUGAAAGGUGGUUUUAAUUAAACAGGAGGCAGCUGUUAUUCCUGUAAAGUGUCUCUGAAGUGACUAAGAAGUAGCAGAACUAUUGUCUGUAUCAGUACAAACUUUCUGUCCGGUGCCUUCAGGCAGAGCACCAUCACAAAGUAUUUCUUCAUGGCUGUCAUGACGUGUCUUUUUUUUUUUUUUUUUUUAGUUUUUAGUUGUUUCUGUUCAAUUUUCGUAUUGUAUUUGUAGAUUAUUAUUUCUUCAAUAAAAUGAUUUUCAUAU